UCAAUCGAUGAAGGCUCAAAAGGGAAACAACUCGAAGAAGAAAAGUUCGAAUUCUGGGUUAGUUGCAGUAGCAGUUGAUAAUAAUAAAGGAAGCCAACAUGCUCUCAAAUGGGCUGCUGAUCAUCUUGUCUCCAAAGGUCAAACCAUUAUCCUCCUCCAUGUCAUCCUCAGAUCAUCAUCAUCUGAUUCAGUUGAGAUUUCUGCAGAGAAACAUAAGCAAGCCGAGAGUCUUUUUGUGACGUUCCAUUGCUACUGCAGUCGAAAAGAGAUACAAUGCCUUGACGUUACACUUGAGGAUGACAACAUAGUCAAGUCCCUUACGGAAUAUGUUUCCUCUGGCAUCAUUGAGAAUUUGGUUCUUGGUGCCCCAUCGAGGCAUGGAUUCAUGAGAAAAUUUAAGAUUUCUGAUACACCGAGCAACGUAGCGAAAGCAGCACCUGAUUUCUGUACAGUUUACGUCAUUUCCAAGGGGAAGAUAUCAUCAGUCCGCUAUGCCUCACGAGAUGCUCCUUAUCGGUCUCCUCUUAUGGGUCAAAUUGAAAACCACUCUGAAAUCUGUAACUACGAAAAGUUCAGGAACACCAUGAGCUUUAGAGAUAGGACUCCGGCAAGGUCUUCGACUGCUAGCUCCUUUGAAGAUUAUGGAAAGUCACCUAAGGCGAGAACAUCAAAUUACCCAAACUCAUUCUAUGAUUUGUCAGACUCGGAGAACGACAUAUCAUUUGUUUCCUCAGGCAGGCCAAGUACCGCAAGCUCAGGCAGGCCAAGUACAAGUACUGGAAGGUCUGACAUAUCUUUCGUGAGCUCAGGGAGGCCGAGUUUAAGCACUACUGGAAGCCCUUCCUUCAUCUAUGACUUUCCUGAUUCUUCUGGUUUAACUCCAAGAAUGUCAACAGGCUCUGGACACUCUAUGCGUCUAGGAAUCAGGUUUAAUGACACUAAUAUCCAACAUGAUUUCUCCUUCGUCUCACAAGAUAGCGGUCGGUCCUCUUGUUCUUGUUCGCCACAAAACUUGGAAGAAGUCGAAGCUGAGAUGAGGAGAUUGAAACAGGAACUGAAACACACAAUUGACAUGUAUGGAUCAGCUUGCAGAGAAGCCCUAGCAGCAAAGCAAGAGGCAAAGGAGCUCCAACGUCAGAAAAUGGAAGACGAAGGAUGGGUGCAAGAAAGACAGAUAUCGGAGAAAUCUACAAAGUCAAUAUUGGAAAAAGAGAGAGCAAACAAAGCUGCCAUGGAUGCCUCUGAAACAGCAAGCAAGAUAGCAGAUCUCGAAACACAAAGAAGAGCCAUAGAAGCUGCAGGAUCUUUCUCGGAUUCCAAUUUGAGAUAUCGGAGGUAUGUUAUUGGUGAGAUUGAAGAAGCCACCAACUCAUUUGACAAGGCUAAUAAGAUAGGCGAAGUCCAUGUCAUCCUCAGAUCAUCAUCAUCUGAUUCAGUUGAGAUUUCUGCAGAGAAACAUAAGCAAGCCGAGAGUCUUUUUGUGACGUUCCAUUGCUACUGCAGUCGAAAAGAGAUACAAUGCCUUGACGUUACACUUGAGGAUGACAACAUAGUCAAGUCCCUUACGGAAUAUGUUUCCUCUGGCAUCAUUGAGAAUUUGGUUCUUGGUGCCCCAUCGAGGCAUGGAUUCAUGAGAAAAUUUAAGAUUUCUGAUACACCGAGCAACGUAGCGAAAGCAGCACCUGAUUUCUGUACAGUUUACGUCAUUUCCAAGGGGAAGAUAUCAUCAGUCCGCUAUGCCUCACGAGAUGCUCCUUAUCGGUCUCCUCUUAUGGGUCAAAUUGAAAACCACUCUGAAAUCUGUAACUACGAAAAGUUCAGGAACACCAUGAGCUUUAGAGAUAGGACUCCGGCAAGGUCUUCGACUGCUAGCUCCUUUGAAGAUUAUGGAAAGUCACCUAAGGCGAGAACAUCAAAUUACCCAAACUCAUUCUAUGAUUUGUCAGACUCGGAGAACGACAUAUCAUUUGUUUCCUCAGGCAGGCCAAGUACCGCAAGCUCAGGCAGGCCAAGUACAAGUACUGGAAGGUCUGACAUAUCUUUCGUGAGCUCAGGGAGGCCGAGUUUAAGCACUACUGGAAGCCCUUCCUUCAUCUAUGACUUUCCUGAUUCUUCUGGUUUAACUCCAAGAAUGUCAACAGGCUCUGGACACUCUAUGCGUCUAGGAAUCAGGUUUAAUGACACUAAUAUCCAACAUGAUUUCUCCUUCGUCUCACAAGAUAGCGGUCGGUCCUCUUGUUCUUGUUCGCCACAAAACUUGGAAGAAGUCGAAGCUGAGAUGAGGAGAUUGAAACAGGAACUGAAACACACAAUUGACAUGUAUGGAUCAGCUUGCAGAGAAGCCCUAGCAGCAAAGCAAGAGGCAAAGGAGCUCCAACGUCAGAAAAUGGAAGACGAAGGAUGGGUGCAAGAAAGACAGAUAUCGGAGAAAUCUACAAAGUCAAUAUUGGAAAAAGAGAGAGCAAACAAAGCUGCCAUGGAUGCCUCUGAAACAGCAAGCAAGAUAGCAGAUCUCGAAACACAAAGAAGAGCCAUAGAAGCUGCAGGAUCUUUCUCGGAUUCCAAUUUGAGAUAUCGGAGGUAUGUUAUUGGUGAGAUUGAAGAAGCCACCAACUCAUUUGACAAGGCUAAUAAGAUAGGCGAAGGCGGCUAUGGUCCUGUUUAUAAAGGUUAUCUUGAUCAUACCCCUGUUGCUAUUAAAGUUUUGAGACCAGAUGCAGCUCAAGGAAGAUCUCAAUUUCAAAGAGAGGUGGAAGUUCUUAGCUGCAUAAGACAUCCGCAUAUGGUGCUACUUAUUGGAGCAUGUCCAGAAUAUGGAGUGCUUGUUUAUGAGUAUAUGGCCAAAGGCAGUUUAGCUGAUAGGCUCUAUAGAUAUGAAAACACGCCACCACUCUCAUGGGAGCACAGGUUCCGAAUUGCAGCAGAAGUUGCGACGGGUCUGCUCUUCCUUCACCAGACGAAACCAGAGCCUAUAGUGCACCGUGAUCUGAAACCUGGAAACAUUUUGAUUGACCAAAACUACGUAAGCAAAAUAGGGGAUGUUGGACUAGCUAAACUAGUGCCUGCAGUUGCUGAAAACGUAACGCAGUGCCACGUCACAUCAACUGCUGGGACUUUCUGUUACAUUGAUCCGGAGUACCAACAAACUGGAAUGCUCGGUGUGAAAUCUGAUGUCUACUCCUUUGGUAUCUUGCUUCUCGAACUGCUCACUGCCAAAAGACCAACGGGUUUGUCUUAUACCGUUGAGCAAGCGAUGGAGCAAGGCACAUUCAAGGACAUGUUAGACCCAGUAGUGCCUAAUUGGCCUGUGGAAGAAGCUACUUCUUUGGCAAAGAUUGCGCUUAAAUGUGCACAGCUGAGAAGGAAAGACCGGCCAGACCUCGGCAAAGAGGUUUUACCAGAGCUCAAUAGACUGAGAGCUCGUGCAGAUGCGAAUAUGGAAUGGAUGAUGUUCAACUUAAGCAGAGGCCUAACACCUAAUCAUAGCCAAGUCUCCUUGCCACCAGUUGAUGAACUGAGCGUAUGCUCGGAUAGCUCUAAUACACAUUCAAGCACUUUAUCUGACACAGAGAAGAACUCAGGUACAUUAGAGAAUCCUAAACUUCCCACCACAAAUGAUUAGUUUCACUCAUCUCCUGUAACAUUAACAUAUGUUUGGUCCAUCAAAUCUCACAUUUUCCAUUUUUUAUUUAUAUA